AUUAAUUAUGCAUAAAAUAUUGAGGUCAAUUAAGUCGAUCAAAGGAUCAAGAUUUGCAAAUAAAUUGCCCACUUAUUUAGAAAGAUUAAAAUAAUAAGAGGAAAUGGAUCGUAAAACGAAUUUAGAUGUCUUAAGAAGGGAGGUUUUUAAUGAUUCAAUCUAAUUACCUAUCAAAUUUGCCGCCUAUUAUAUUACUAAGUAUACUUAAAUUUAUUAAUAGCUAAUAGACUUUUUGGGCUGAAUUAACAAGAUCUAUGAUUGACGCAAGCAAUCAUGUUAUUUUAUUUGCAACCAAUUAUAUUAAUUAUGGUUAUUUUAUCACUUAUCUAGUAGGUCCUAAUAAAUAAUUCCCAUAUGGAAUAGAAAAAGUAAAGCACCUAGUAGCUUUAAUACCAUCAGCCUUGUUUUUAUAUUUUGGAGCCUCUAUUUCAUAUGAAUCAUUCCUUAAUAUUUAUAAUUAUGGCCAUUAUGUAGGUGAAAUACAUAGUAAUGCUUGGGGAUUAGCAGUAUGCUUAUUUCAUUAUUGGAUAGCUAUAUUUGCUAUCGAUUGGUAUAGAAACAAGUGUAGUUUUCAAAAAUAUAAGAGAUGCGUAAGCCGUUGAUUCAAUUGAUGAAAAAAAAAAAGGAUUGUUUAAAUAAUUCCUGUCGGUAUUUCAAAAGAAGGAUCCAGUAUUAUAAGCUAUUCUUUAUGAGAAUGCUAUAACUCUAGGAUCCACUUUAAUUCCUUUAUUGUCAUCUGCAUUUACUUUAAUUUACCCUACCCAUGCAUUUGAAAUUGUAGGAUCUUUGGUAAUCGGCUUAAUCUAAUUGUAUUUUUAAAUUGGUUUACAUAUUAUAGAUAGUUAGCAUAUCACUUGAGUGCUAAGAACUUAAGUUCUUUGAUGGGUGAGUAAUCUAUUAGUGAUCUUGAAGUCAAGAAAAUACUAGAAAUUAUUAAGUAGAAUCAAUAUGUUGAAAAGAUUCAGAAUGAAAAGGCUGUGAUGUUAGGGAGUAGGAAAUUUAGAUUUUCAGCUGAAAUAACUUUCAACAUUAAAGUAGACCAAAAUAUUGAUAAAUUUAGCAAAUAAAUUAAGAUACUGAAUCUAAAUAUCUAGAGAGAUUUGACAAAGUUAUCUAUAGUGAAUCUUAUAGAGAUAGAGAGGAAUACUUAUAAGAAUUAUUAAGAGAAAUAUAGGAAUAUGUUCUUGCCAGUUUACAUAUACAAGUAUUAGUAUUAUUAACAAUUUAGAUUCAAAAAAUUGAAAGUGCAAUCAGAAAUGAAUUUCCUAAUUGUAUACAUCUGGAUUUUGAAAUUAACAACAAAUCUUUAGCCGAAACUUAUUCUAUAGAUGAUGGCAAUUGGUUGUUUCGAGAAACAUUAUUAAAAUCACCUUUUAAGGUUGAAAAGUGGAUGCUAGAUGAAGUUGACAGAUUAAUAAAGAAAAUUACAAAGAAAAAAAAAGAAAUAUAUAUAGAAACGUAAUUAUUAUCAGGAAAUAUAUUUAGUUAUUAGUCCUUAUGUUCAUCAGUUUAAUAUAAUUAAUGGCAUGACUUAGAAGAUGAUGAUGAAUAACUAAAAAUUGUCGAAGAUUACAGAUUUGAAGAAUUGCAAAAUGAAUUAAAAGGCAUAGAUUAACAAUCAUAGUCGAACAAUUAACCUAAAGGAUAAUGAAUAUAGAAAAUAACAGCUAUUAAUUAUAUCAAAAUACAAAUGCUUAACCUUAUUCUCAGUGUACAAUGUUUUGUCUAUCUAAAUUUC